AUGGGGACGACUACGCCCAACUCUAGCAUUUCUUCGACGCCGACGGCAACAACAGCACCUCUUGCAUCUUCGCAUGCAGCCAAGGAGUCGGUGAGAGGAAUAGCAGGUGCGAAGCGCUCGCCGUCAGACGCUGGACUGGACGCGGAAUUAGCCGUCCCGGAAGCAGACAAGAAGACAGACAAGGGGAACAAGAUGCUCGACCAGACCGUCGCCCCGAUUGGAGGCUCGGGCGAUGAUGCCAGCACAGGUGGCGAGUGGCAGACGAUCCGCGGCGGCCGGCCGACUAAGAAGCUCAAGAAGGUGCCUAAAAAGGACUCGGGCAACUACCCGACGAUCUUGUUUGGCAAGAACGCACGGAUGCAGAGCCGGAUCCAGGUGUCGGACCUGCGCAACCUUGUGACGUACAUCUUUGCCGACGGCACGGCGCCACAGUGGGUUGCCGUGAACCACCGGCCCAACUUCCGCAAGGUGGUGGCCAUCAUGGUACCGGGCCUAGAGGAGGCCAUGUUCCAGACCGACGUGGACUUUGGCAGCUGGGCCGAGAAGGAAGACGGCAGCAUCGCGGCUCUCGAGCGGUGGAUGGCACGGCAGCAGCCAUCGGGCGACGACUGUUACCCACGACCGCUCGUGCGAGAAAAGCUCCCGGCAGCGCUGCAGCCGUUUGCAGACGUGUUCCCGCACCUGUGGCCGGUGCGUGCCAGGGGCAACGAAAAGUACGCGACCAUGUUCUCGCCGGUGGCGACGUUCCUGACGGCACCGCUGCCGCGAGCUGCGGCCGAGGACAGGGACAAGAAGGCGCACCAGCUGCACAAGGACGUGCGGACGCGCAUCACGGAGUUCCUGGCCACGCCGGAGGAGUAUCUCUCCAACGACUUCAAGCUGCACCCGGCAAUGCUGCCGGACGAGGCCAGCCGGGCGAUCUUCGAGGACAUGCCGGGAUGGGCACACACCAAAGUGGAGAGCAUGAGCGCGGGCGACGUGCCCGAGGCGGAGAUCGAGCAGGGUAGCAUCACGGCCGGGCGCAAGGUGUACGCGGUGGACUGCGAGAUGUGCAAGGCAGACGGCAACGUAUUUGUGCUGACGCGCGUCAGCGUGCUGUCGUGGGACGGCGAGGUGGUGAUGGACGAGCUGGUGAAGCCAGACGUACCGAUUGUCGACUACCUGACGCAGUUCUCGGGCAUCACGGAGACGAUGCUAGCAUCGGUGACGACGACGCUGGCAGACAUCCAGGCACGGCUGGUCGACCUGCUGGACGCGCAGUCGAUCCUGGUGGGCCACUCGCUCGACUCGGACAUGCGGGCGCUGCAGCUGACGCACCCGUUUGUGGUCGACACAUCCAUUGCGUUUCCACAUCCGGCCGGCCCGCCGAAGAAGCACGCGCUACGCUGGCUAUCGGCCAAGUAUCUCCAGCGGGAAAUCCAAAAGGGCCACGGCACGGCGCAGGGCCACGACAGCAUCGAGGAUGCGCGGACCUGUCUGGACCUGAUGAAGCGCAAGUGCGAAAAGGGCAAGCUGUGGGCAGCCGGCAACCAGAACGCCGAUCAGGGCAGCGAGGGGGCUGGCGAGAACCUGUUCCAUCGGCUCGGCCGUGCCGGCACGGCAUAUCGGAGUCAGGCCGGGCCAGCAGCCACGGGUGGUCUGGCGACAGGCAAGUCGAGUGCGGCCGUCGACUGGGGCGAUCCACGACGGACGCUCUGCAGUGAGGCCGGAAUAUUGCUGGGAGGCUGUCGCAGCGACGCCGAAGUCGAGGCUGCCGUGCUGCGGGCCGUGCUGGGCGACCCUGAUGGCAGCGAGGUGCCGGGUGGCGGCGUGGACUUUGUGUAUGCGCGCAUGCGCGGACUCGAGGCGCUGCAGGGCUGGUGGAACCGCAACAAGCUGAUGGCUGGCGCCGAUGAAAACCAGGGACCACCGACCCUAGGUCGCCGUGUGAAGCGCAUCUACGACCAGCUGCCGCCUUGCACAGCUUUCGUGCUCUUCAGCGGCAGCGGCGAUCCGCGGGCAAUGAGCCGGCUGCAGGCACAACGGGCACAGCACAAGCGCGAGUACCACACGCCGGGCGUCAAGUGGGAUGCCAUCACAGUGCCUUGGACGGACACGGAAGAGCAGCAGCUACGGCGGGCAGUGCGGCGGGCGCGCGAGGGCGUUGGUUUCAUGACGGUGAAGUAG